UGCGCGCUCCUUUUGCCGUGUUUUGUGCUUCCGCUGUCGCUGUGCUGUGCUCCGACAGCGCUUUUGCGGCAGCCGCCAGCCAACAGGCAGUGUACGGGCUGGCAGCCAGCUCGUCAAGUGGAUUUCAUUUCAGUUUCAUUUCAAACGUCGUGCGGUGUUCAAGUGUGUUGCGGCGCGUCUCUUCCGCUUCUUCGAGUUGAAUUUCAUUUUAAACGCGUCCGUUUUCAAUUCCAUUGCACAAACACACACUCAUAAACUUUUGAAAAGCAUUUCAUUUUUAAAACACAGAAAACAAAAACACCGUUAUUGUGUUGCUGUGUGUAUGACGACAACAGCCGGAAACCGUUGCGGUCAAAAGGAAACGAAUAGCAACAAUAAAAAAGCUUAAUCUAACACCAGGAAAUAUGAAAAUGUAGCAAUAACAACAAAAAUCAUAAAAAGUAAGAAAGUCAUCCCAUAAAGUGAGAAUUAAAAAAUUUAAGAAUCAAAAUCAAAUAAAUAUUGAAUAUCAUAAAAUACGAAAUUUUCAAUAUCAUAGAAAAAAUAAGUAAAUUAAACUUCUUGAAGAGCGAAUGCUGUGAAUGGAAGAAAAGCGAAAGGGACCCAUUCAUAUUACAAAAACACAUAUUACAAAAACAUAGAAACACACAUUUGCAUAGACAAACACUUUACGCGAUUUUGACUAAUCGAGAACAAAAACCAAAUCAUUCAAAACUUCACAGAGCACAAUCAAAAAGGUUCGGAAAAAUAACGACAUAAAAAACAACCAACUAAGGGACCAACGGACAUACACACAUUAACAGGAAAAUUUAUAAACAAAAUACCAAAGAAUACACCGUACGGAAUUGGCAACAGAGGAACAGCGGAAACGACCCUGAAAGCGGAGAAGGAGCACCAAAUUCUACGACCACAGUGACGACGACGACGACAAAGUCAAUGACGAAGACGAAGGCGAAUGUGUAAACAUAUAAGAAAAUCUUUGCAUAAAACAAGCAAUGUCAAUGCGAGUACUUAAAACCACAAAAACAAUUGUUACAACAAAAGUGGAAGGUGAGCGCGCGCAUAAGCAAGCGGAGAAAUAAAAGAAAAUAAUUUGUGAAAAUUUUGCUUAAAACAGUUUCAUAGCUUAUCGUAUAUCAAAAAAUAAAAAAUAAAAAUAAAAGCAACAACAAUCUUUGUUGCUAUAAGGUAGCUCAUACUCAAAGCUAUCGAAAUUCAACAUUAUCAAAAUAUUUUAAUAAAACCAAACUAGUCGUUUAAAACAACAACAAAAUUUAUCUGCAUAAUAUAACAACAAGUUGACGCAACAUUUGCCUGCAACAUGUUGCUAGCCAGACGAAGAGUACCAACCGCGUCGGUGGUCCAACAUGCGCAUCACAACACAGUCAUCGGCAUGCUGUUGGCAGUGUUGCUGACAUUGGCGUGCGCCACACCCGCGCAGGCAGCGAUAGAUGAAACACUCAGCGAACACGAAGGCAAAUCAGUGGUGAUACCCUGCCCGGUCAACAAAGCCAAAUGCGGGGAUCUGCACUCGAUAAAUUGGUUUAAGGGCGACGAUCGCAUUGCGGCGAUGCUAUUGGGCGACAGCAAUGUGACGAGCGUAUCGGACGAGUAUGCGAACAGAGUCACAGUGGAACAAAAUCCAUUUAGAUUAGUAAUAAAUGACUUAAAAAUAUCUGAUGAGGAUAUCUAUCUUUGUGAUACAACAUUUCUUAUACCAAUCGAAACGUGUGAUAACUUCAACGGCUAUCGUGUCGAGUUGAAUGUCUUAGUGCCACCAACGGAGGUUGUGAUUCUGGACGAGAAGGGCGAUCGCAUUGAGAACGGUUCCAUCAUUGGACCUAUGCAGGAGCGUCAAACAUUGAAAGUGUCGUGUGUAGUACAGAAUACACGACCGCAACCGCAGGUCGGCUGGUGGCGGGGGAAUAAGCGACUACUGACGCAUUCUGCCUCCUAUGUUGAGACGGAUGGUCUGUUUACUGCCACACUGGAGUUGAAUCUGGAGUUGUCACGUGACGAUCUGGCGAGAGAUAUUGAAUGUCGUGUCGAAUCAGCAGCACUGCCAAAUAAGCUAAUCAAUAAAUUUCGUGUGGAUUUACAAGUGCGUCCGACGAGCAUAUCCAUCAAUGGCGUGGAGCAUCAUACGGUGCAGGGCAGCAAAGUGGUGCUGACAUGUGAUAUACAUGGCGCGCGACCAGCAGUGAAUUUGACGUGGUUCAAUUCCACAGCAGUCAUUGGUCCCGAAGAAAAUGAUUUAACCGAAAUUAGAACAAAGGCGUUCGAGAAGGACGACGGCACGUACCACACGCAGUCGGAGCUUAUCUUCAACGCGACACGCUUCGAGAAUGACAUGAUUUUCCGGUGCGAUGCGGACAAUGUGGUGUUGCAGAUAAACCGCGAAAAACCAUUCACAUCAUCGUUGACGCUGGAAGUGCUGUAUCCACCAGUGGUUAAGGUUAGCCCACCCGAGAUUACGGUGAACACCAGCGACACCGUGUUGCUCAACUGUGAAUAUGUGGCAAAUCCGGCGUCGCUGACGCAAGUCGUGUGGUAUCGCAACGGUGAUUUAGUCAAUGUCAACGACACGGAACGCUACGAGGGUGGCAAUUCUGAGAACGUUGCACUGGUUAUACGCUCCACUGACAAGGAGGAUGUCGGCAACUAUACCUGUCAACUAUCAAACGCCAUCGGCAAGGGCAUCUCCGAGCAGCAAAUCGACCUGGAUGUACAGUUUGUGCCAAUUGUAGAAGUGCUGAUGAUACCCGAGGGUCCCGUUAAGGAGAGUGACGAAUCGAAUGUGACACUCUACUGCAACAUCUUAGAGGCUAAUCCGGCGUUGCUAACAAAAGUGCGUUGGUAUGCCAAUUCGACAUUGCUCAAGGAGCUGCCCGAUUGUGAGGAGACAAAGGAGGACUUAUGCCACAUCGAUCCGAGCAAAUUGCUGUUGGAGAGCAUCGGUCGUGGCUUUUUCUACAACUACUCCUGUGAGGGCUACAAUGCCGCCGGUUGGGGACCACGUAGCGAAGAUAAAGAGUUAAUGGUACACUACGAACCCGGUCCAGCCACGCUCACCCACUUUCCUCUGAUUGCAGUGAAGAAGAAGAGUGUGACAUUCUCUUGCUCUGUUGACGACCCUGGAUAUCCCGAAUCGAAUAGAUUCCGUUGGCAACGCGGUGGACUCGGUCCCUUGCAGGAUAUUGUCACCAAAGAUUGGACUGUGGAGCCAGUUGGUUUGGACAGUCGCACCAACUACUCGUGCUAUGCUUACAAUGAGGGCGGUAAGGGUAUGAUGGCUAGUGUUAAUCUAGAAGUGCAUGCACCGCCAUUCUUCAUCAAGAAUCUUGUGCCGUAUACGGGCAUGUUGCACACAUCGCGCACGGCAAAUCUCACAUGUCGCAUCGAAUGUGUGCCACGCUGUGAAAUUACCUGGUUGAAGGGCACAGAGCCCAUUGAGAAGAACGACACGCGGUACUUCAUCAAGGAGAAGUACAUGGACGCGUCACCGGCAACGGGCGACUUUGAGAGCAUGUUCUCAGUGCUGCACUUCAAUAUGUCAAAUUGGCCCAAUCAAAAAUUCGACAUCGAAUCGGAUAGCGCGAACUACACUUGCGUCUCGACAGGAAACACCGUUGGACCCGGCAUCAAAAGCGCCACCUACUUCUCAAUCGAAUAUGCGCCGGAGAACUCAACCGUUUCGGAGGAAAAGGUUUACGUGCAGGAGGGCACUAUACCCGGACGUGUCAUUUGCAAUGCCAAAGCUAACCCGAGCGCUCACUACAGUUGGUACUUCAACAAUACGAAACUGGGACAGGAUCAGGCUUUAAUCAUCAACACGCCAAUGACACGCAAUGACUCCGGCGUCUACACAUGUGUCGCCUCCAAUAAACACGGCAAGAGCACGGUCGAAACAAUCAUCGAUGUACAAUUUAAGCCACGUUGCGCAAUUGAAAGGGACGAGAUCGAUGACCAGGAUACACUAAUUUGCACAGCAUUCGGAAAUCCUGUAGAGGCUGAUUUUUCAUGGUCAAUUAAAGCGGAAAAUGACAGCGCCGAAUGGCUGGGCAGCGGCGAACGGCGUGGUUUUGCUGACAGAAGCUAUUAUGUGCUGGACGAUGACUAUGCGAUUGCACGCACUUACCGUUGCGUUGCCAACAACACCGUCGGCCCGGGAUCAUUCUGCGAAUUCGAUGUGGCCGAACAACUAGCAUGGUGGCAACGCUGGGAUAAAACAACACUCAUCAUAUUGGUUGCCUCGAUACUGGCGCUACUUUUGGCCGUGAUAAUCAUCUGUUGCAUCAUCAUUUGCAUAUGCCGCCGACGCAGACGUCAAGAUAAAUAUCGCACCGAUGUCUCCAUCAGCGCCACGCACAGUGUACUCUCGUAUCAGUCGAAUGCACCGCAAGUGGGCGUGGUUGCGCCGGCGCUUGCAACAGUCUGUCCACAACAAGUAACUACAGGUUGUCUAAUACCAAAUCUAGCCGCACAAGAACUACCCCAAUUACCCGGCCCGAAAGUACCACCCAAGUCACCGCCACCUAAACCACCCACCAAGAUCACAUCCAAGCCCACGCCUACACCCUUACAUACACCCACAAUUGUCACGACACCCACUCGCACGCCCAGCCUACGUGUACGACAUGCCGCACAAGCACCCAAAUCACCGCCGCGCUGGCCGUUGCGGCCCGGCGUCAUGGUGCAUGUCAGCAGCGACACCAAACAAAAUCUGGCAACUAAUCGUAUGACUCUACGGCCACACACACUGACAGCACAACUGUCGAAUUUGACAGCGGCUGACAGCAGCACCGCUUCAAGCGGCACACUGAAUGCAUCUGGCUUCUCGGCGGCCACCGCACAGACAACACUACUCAAUGCAUCCACACAGACGGCGAAUUCCGUCACAACCAAUAACGUGGCUAUAGAUGUGGCGGGCAGUGGCGACGAUGCUGCUGUUGGACUUGACAGUGUCAAGCAAACGUCAACGCUUGGUCGGCUUAGCGCAAAGCGCGCGGCCGGUGUGGGUAGCGAUGAGCCCAGCGCCAGCGAUUGCACGUCGCGCACAGAAUGUCAGACACUGCCACAUAAAUUUAGCAAAUCAGCGCAACUACAGACAAUGGCUUACAGCAACAACGAAGAUCAACAACAUAAUCAAAUAUUGCUAGGGAACAUGGGGCAACCACAAACAGAGAGCGGAUGCGUAGCAGACAGUGGCGCGCCUUCAGAGGAUGCACCAACUAAUGCGACAGAAACUACGGAACAGUUGCCAGUUGACAGCGCCGAGCGGAUGGAGGAAGGCGCAGAGGUUUGCGGCAGCGUGCCGAAACGUGUGGGCGCGCGGCGCUUGGGACGCGUGGAAAAGUUUUUAACAGGUAUCUUCAAGCGGCGCGGCCCCGGUGUCGAUACGACACGCGACAGCCAGCGCAGUCAUGUCGGCCUGCUUGGUGGCAUGUGGCAGGCGGGCGCGGGCGUACUGUGGCAACGACGUGCGGAGGGCGCGGAAACGUCGCCAUUCGCCGCGGAGCAUCGUCUUAAGGGCAUCCGUUGCAGUGGCAGUGUCACGUACAAAAAGUCGCCAGUACGCACAACGCCCAGUGACAAUGCUGUCGCCGCGUGUAGCCGUAGCGGUAAUUGUAAUAACAAUAGCAACAACAAUAAUAAUAAUAUUAGCAUCAGCAAUCACACUUGCAUGUCGCUUAGCACAGUUGCGCCAACCGCAAACGCUAGUGCCGCUGAGCUUAAUGCAAACGCCAUCGCACCAACUGCUUCUAAUCUAACAACUACAGUCACACCAACAGCCAUAGUCGCAGCGAAAGCACAGCCACCACAAUCGCCUCCAGCUAUGCGGCCGCUUAUGCAGCCACCAGCCUACAGUCCCCGAUCACAUGCCUCUGUGACAUUUCAAGUGCCUUCAUACGACAAGACGGCAGCGAGCAUCCCCAACAUGGCGACGGUCACCAACGGCGGGAAUGGGAUCGCCAGCGGAAACAACAGCAGCAGUACGACGCCAACGCGUGGACUACCGCAACAGCUACACCGUGGCAUAUUGAAGAGUCCUACGCCGCCGCCACGUCCACCACCGCCUUUCAAAGCGGCGCCGCCGCCCUUACAGAAACGCAAUGUGGCAACAGUUACGCCGACGAAGGUAGAGCGUGUACAAAUACAAGACAAGUCAUCUUCACUGGGGGAUCCAUUGACGGAACCUGGCGAGUAUGAGAAUCUACCAUUUCAUGGUCUGCAAACGGCUCCUAACAAGUUCUCUACGACUCUUACAAAUUUUAAUAACAACACCAAUGUGGUGCGCGUCGCUCCACGACCCAAGAGACUCAAUGGAAAUAUUGGCCCGCAACAGCACCACCAGUUGCAGCAGCAGCAUUACGAGCAGGACCAGUACGACCAGCAAUUUCAAUAUCAUCAACACCAACAGCAUCAUCAACAACAACAACAGCAUCAAUACAAUACCAUGCAAUAUGUCGGUGCCGGUGGACGAGUGAUAACAACGAAUCCCCAGCACCAGCAGGCGCACACAAUGAAUUCCCACAACAAAGGUAUGCUGCAGCAUCACCAACAACAACAGCAGCAGCAGCAUAUGCUGAUAUCAGCAGCGGAUGGCGCCAGCGGCAACGUCGGCGCCGGCAAUACAGAUCCUGGUGGCAGCGGUUAUAUGAACGGCAGUGUCGGCGGCGGCGCUGCUCCCCAUCAAAUUACAUACAAUCUGAAUAAUUGCUUUCCGAAAAGCUACACAGAAUAUUAUCACCAGCAGCAACAGCAGAAGCAUAAAAAUGGCGCCUCGAAUAACACUUCCAGUGCGCAAUUGUUGAAUGCCAUCGAACAUGACUACCCCACAUACGCGGUGGUUGAGCGCAAUAGCGGCAGUGCCAGCGCUUCUGAUAUGGGAGGCCUGGAUGGUCAUAGUCCGCGCGCUGGUCAUCCGCCCACCGCCGCUGCGGUCAGCACCAACCCCUUCUUGGCUAUCAGCAAUUUCAAAAAAUAUGACACCAGCGGUGGCACGUCGGAUAAUGCGUAUCAGCCGCACAUAUUGGACAUCAGUGGCAGCAGUUCGAUGCAACGCAGCGGCAAGCGAAAACCCAUGCUCGACGGCAAAAUGGAGGAUAAGAAAUUCUACUCGUUGAAAUUCACCGGUGGUGGCGGUAAGCACAAGACACCGCAUGUGGUGCACAAGUCGCCGGCGAGUGGUCUCUUGAAUGCGUCCAUGAUUUUGCACGGUAGCGGCAGCAACAGCAGCAGUGGUGGCAAGUGCAAGCGACAUCAUUCUUUUGCUGGUGGUAGCAUUGGCGAUAUUGACUCCGCCGGCCCGGGCGCCCAACACAACGCCCACCAGGUUAAGUCAUCGGCUUUGAUGCGCUUCUACGAUCCGCCCGCCUAUGAGAACUUGGCUGGUGACAACACGGCCGCAGUGCAGGUGCACGAGUGUGCCGUAGAGGCGCAUCCAUCGCCAGCCGCGGGCGGUAUGAGUGGUACAGCCACCAUAUUGCUACAUCCGCAGCCGACGGCUAGCGGCAGCGGUGUGAGCGGCAGUCAUACAACGGCUGGACAAACGGGCCACAAGAAAAAACAUCACCAUCGCCAACACCAGCAGAAGGAUGAUUUCAACUUGAUUGAACCGGAACGACUGAGCAUCUAUCGCAGCGAUUCGGGCAUUUCGAAUAGUUCGUAUGAGUGUGUUACGCCGGUGCCACCACCGCCGGGCAGCACGCGCACCACGGCCAUACUGAACGGCACGCCGCCACCGAAAACACCAAAAGGCAACAAAUUAGCGAAACACGCUUCCACUGUUAGUGGCGCUCCGAAUACAGGCAGUCUCGUCAAUGGCAUUAAUUAUAAGAAGUCGCUGCGUCAACUCGGCGGCAGCAAGUGCAACAUAGCGAACGCUACGGCCAGUGGUACCUCGUUGCCCGUUUAUAUGAACGUUGAUGGUCAGCCUGCAGGCGCUUUUGAACGCUCAUGUUCGCCCAGCUCCAACUUAGUCAAUUCGUCGUAUGAGUCUGCUUCGUCUUCACAAAACGAUGGUCACGGUGGGCAUGGCUCAACAGAUCCGACGUCCUUGUCCUCAUGCAAUUCGUUGUAUAGCAGCGGCACAGGUACACUUAUUGGGGUGGCACCGCUCUUGAAGACUGGUGUGGGCUUAACGGCUCCCCGUUGUGGUUUACAUCAAAAGCCCGCGGAAAUUACAACGCCCGAGGAGUACGAACAAUACCAGCUGGGUCACCACCGUCACUCUGCAUCAUCGCUAAGUGUGGCAAGCACGGUGAGUGCGAGUGGCACGCGUCGUUGUAAAAAACAGCAAAACGUGUUAGCGCCAGCGGGAUCCGUUACGGGAAUCGAGCAUUAUGCUAUUGGCGUCACUAAUCCAUUUCUAGCAAGCGAACGCAGCGCAACAGCGACCGGCUGCGCUGCCAACGCCGCCGCCACCGCCGACGGGUACAGUGCCCACGGCAGAGAUAAGAAACUACGACGAAAGACUAUCAGCGACCCCUACGCACAUAUCCGCUAUAUCGCCUACAGCCGGAGCGCCGCCAACAACAGCAGCAACAACGGCGCUGCCGAUUGCCAAGCACACGCCCACAAUUAUCGCGCCCAAUAUGCGUGCAAUGCGCCCAAGGCCGCUACAGCAACAACAACAACAGCAGCAGCUGCACAGCAAAUUAAAUUACAACAACAGCAUGACAACAACAAUAGCCGCAAACAUCAACAGCAUCAACAAUCGUUGCUAAUCCCGCGAAAAUUGUGCGCCAAUAACAACAAACAAAACGAGCAUGGCGACAAGGACGAUGAGGCCGUUGAUGAGCACAAGAACAAGGAUGUUGCAAUGUGCCAACAACAACGGCACAGAUUAGUACCGUUAGGUGGUAAUGCUGAUGACCGAGAUAUUGUUGUUGUUACUAAGAAGACUGCCACCACGGAAGACCAUAUGUGUGACAAUAAUGUGACUGCUGGGCUUGACGUUAGCGCGCAUGCAGUGUUGCCACACAGUGAAGAUGCUCAAAACGCAACUUCCACAACAACACCAGCCACAUAUGGUGCAACUGGCGACUAUCUCGCACGUCGACCAGUUAAGUUGCCGCUGCGCAAAUAUCAUACUUUCCACUUUCAGCCAUCGCAAACGGUGGCCGGCACAUUGCGGCACUGCAAAUUGCAGCAAUUACGUAUCCAAAUGCAACACAAACAACAACUAGAAAACUUCGAGCUACCUGCGCACCACGGCGAUGAAGCAGAGCUUACGGCUCCCAGCCAACAACCCAUCGCCCUAAUUGCUGAAGCACGUCCAACCAGACGUUACGCAAUCGAAGGUGGGCCGCUCGUCUUUCGACCGCUCUCCUGGCACGAGCAACGCACCUUCAAACCCAUAGCAUCGCCAGUUGGAGCUGGCGAAGCGCCAAUUGAGCACCCAACAACAACAAGAGAUAAUGCGAAAAUACCGUUAAGCGAGCCACACCGGGAAGAGGAGGAAGAAGAAAAAUCGGAAUUGAGCGAGGAACUCGCAGACGAAAUCAAACAAAUCACUCGAAGUGCACAAUUACCGCAUGUAAGCCUUAAUCCGGCCGCUUCGCUGGAGGCACUCGAAGCGCUCACCAAACACCAUCCCGAGUUAAUUUAUGCCACCAAACCGGGCACACGUCAGAACCUGCACAAGCAACUUGCACUGCCGGAGCGGUGGACACAGCAAUUGGACGUUGAAAAUCGCUUGAGCACCAGCCGAACGACGUCGCAAGACUGGACCGCAACGCAAAGUGAGAGUGACGUUAAAGUGGAUGAAGUCGCCGCAAAUGCUGCACUUGAGGCGCCAUGCGACGAUGAAGAAGAUCUCGGUUAUUCUUUCUGCGAGGACGACGACGAAGAUGAGGGUGUUGAGGAGUUGGUGGGCGAACUGGUGGAGAGCGUUUCCACAGAAGGCGCUGUGGUGCAGCGCACAACCGUCAGCUCUGAGUCGCCGCGUGUGGUACUCUCCGCCGGACGUAAUGGUGGUCACGUGAAGUACAUGCUGCGGCAGAGUUAUCGAGAAGUACAUAUUUAGGCGUCGCGUACAGUGCGUCUGUUGAUAUGCUACAAUUUGGUGUAAAAUUUUAAGUGUCGCCAUCAGCCAACAUUUCACAACACAAACAACACAGCAUGGCCAGUACUAAUAACUGUAAAUAAAUACCAAAAAUUCCAAUUUAGUUUAAAGCGCGCCUUGUCAUGCGCAGGCAACAAGCGCAAGUACAUACAUAAUUUGAAGCGAGUAAGUACGUGCAUUUAGUUAUAUUUCUAGGCAUCUAGUUAUGUAUAAAUUACUUAGUUAUAAGGCAUAUAUAUACACACAUACCCAGCUGUAGGUAAAUGACUGUCAACGUGUUAAGUUUGUUGGUAUUUUUCAACUCAAAAUACAAAAAAAAAAAAUUAAAUAAAAAUUACGAAUAAGGUCAGUUUGUUUAGAUAUUGAAUUUAUGAAUGUAUAGCAGUUUAGUAAUAACUUGAAACCAAAUUAAUAUAGUCUUACACCAAACAUACAUAUUUAUGGUAUUUAUUGUGUAAAAUAUUAAUGUUGCAACAUUAUUUGUAUAUAAACCCCAAAAAAUAAGUGAAUUUAAUAACGAUUUCUUUGUCUUAUGUAACAUGCAUAGUGCGAAUGCAAUAGGUUCAUGUGUAAGUAGUAGACUUGUGACUUAAUAAAUUGUAUUUGUUGCAAAGUUUAAAAUACAUAUAAAAUUACAAAAAUGUGUACUUAAGUAUGUAUAAACUGUAGUUUCAUAUAAUUUGAAUGCAAGAAGCGACAAUUUAGUCAAUAUUACACCGUUAUUUGCUUAAUAAGAUAAAUAUUAAAAUAUUUAUUUAUUUAUUUAAUUUAAGAAAAUAAAUUAUUUUGUGACUAAUUAGUUCUUAUGUCACGUUUAUUUAAGUAAUUAUUUUUUUAUUGUGUAUUUUACUGUAUAUGAUUGUAAUUAAUUGCUUUUAAUCUUUCGAUAGGUAUAUCAUAAAGUCAAAGUAAACAAAUAUUUAAAACCAAAAAUUAAUGUAUUAUAAAUGCAUAAAACAUAAGUCAGUUUGAAUUAUGAGUAGUCUGAGUGGAGAAGUUUAAGUUAAAAUAAUAAUAAUAAUUUUAAAUUAUUUUUUCAUAUUUUUUAUAUUUUACUUAUGCUUCUAAUUCUUUCGAUACGUUUUUUCGUAAGCUACCCAAUUUAUGGAGCAAAAAUAAUUGAAACCCAAAACAAAUUUGUAAAUGGAAAUAUUUAUUGAAUUAUAUAUGAAUUAUAACUUUAAUGUGAGCGUAAAAUGUUCACUAAAAAAAUUUAAUUUAUCAAAAAACCAUACAAAAAUUUUAAAAUAUUUGAUCCAGUAUUUUUUAUAAAUUUAUUUACUUAUAUUUUAAUUAUUUAAAAAAAUCGUUGAGAAAUGUAUUUUACUUGCUUCUCAUUUUAAAAGCAUGCAAAUUAUUUAAACCAAAAAUUAAUAUUUAUUAAUUAUUACCAAAUAUUAGUGUGUUUUAAAUGCAAAUUCGAUUGUUUUAAAAAAAUAUAAUAAUAAUUUAUUAAUUAAAAUUUUUAAUAUAUUUUUUCUUGAUUUAUAUCAUCAAAUAUUUGAAUUAUUUAAUUUUAACUAUAUACAUAAUUAUUAUUUAAAAUUUAUCUUUUUUACAAAUAAAUUAUAAAUAUAUGAACAUAUUUUGUUGUAAAAUUCACUAUUUCGCAUUUUGUGAAUCAUUUACCAAUUUAUGGCUCAUUAAAAACUAAAAAUGUCUGUCUGUCUCUCUGGUCCUACUAAGGCAAAUUAUAUGAUUGCUCCGAAAUAAUUGAAUAAUAUUUGAAUAAUUGAACUCAUAUGUAACUUUAAAACCCUUAAUAUAUUUUUUUUUAAUACCGAUAUGGCUUCAAGCCUUUUCGCCCAGGAGUUAAUUGAUUAAACAGCCUUUGCUCGAUUAAAGAGCUUAUUUAGAUCGCUUUAGCAUUCAAAAUAAAAUUCUUCUUUUGAUGCAUUAAUUCUUAAUCAGAUACAACUCGAGUUGAAACUGGAAUGCAACCCCGCGGGUUUCACAAUUAAAGAUAUUAUAUUAAUUUGGCUGUGCGAAAAGGCUAUAACGCCGCAGAUUGGUCUAAUGUAAAAAACUUCGCUAAUGAGCUUAUGUUACAAAAAUGUUUAUAGAACCGGGCUAAUGCAGAGAUGUUAAGAGGGUAAUUUCCUCUUUCAUAGCAUCAGGGCGAAAAAUUCAAUCAAAAAUUUCAAAACUCCACUCGGUGAACACGAUAUAAUUCUCCAGAUUUUAAGUACUAUAAUUUAUUAAAAAAAUUCAAAAGCUUUCGUCGAUAGAUAAUUUAUAUAAUUUAAAUCUAUAAAUUUUUAACAUUCAAAAGCUCGUCAAAUUCCAAGGGAAUUUCAACUUAAAUGGGAUUUUUGUAGAUCAAGAAACUACGGUAUUGAGAAAUAAUGUAUUUAAUUGAGUUAAUUAGCUCAUCCUACUGAAUUUUUAAAUUGAUUGAAUUAAGGAGAUGUAUUAAAUACCUAAAUAAUAUACAAUAUAUAAAAAAAAAAUUAUCCAAGAUCUGUGCAAACUAUCUACUUGCAGUAAUAAACUAAGUUAAUCUUAAUUUUUCCGUUAAAUUAAAUUUAUGCCAGGACAAUUUUUAAUGAGUUAGUUUAUAAGUUUAGAAAAGGUCUUCGUUUAAAUUUAUUCAUAACGCAUAAAAGUAUUCUCACAUUAAAAAAAAUGAAAAAAACAUCAAUAUGAUUUAAAUAAUUCUUAAAUCAAUUUCUUUCGAAUUCACUCCGUACCGUAAAAUGGCGAAAAAUCGUAAUUUUUAGACUCAGGUA